AUGACAAGCUUCUGUUUAGCAACUCUUUCCACCCUUUUCCAUCCCUUUCUUUCGUCAAGGGGCAUUCAACACUUCGGUGAAUGGCGCGUUCUCAGGCUACCUCCUGUUGGGCCGGUCAUCGAAGAAGCGCUGCGAAAUGGACUGUGUGGUCAUAAUAUCGUAUCUCUCCGUCGCUUGCCUUUUAUACAACCCACUAAACAGACCGCAUGGACAUGGAGCCAUUCGAAAGAUACAAGGAUCGACCACCCUCCCCAGCCUCUUGUGAAGCAAGGCCUGAUUACUUGUACGGUCAUCUCUCGCACAACCCUGAUGGGGUUAUUCUGCGUGACCAACGCUCGACCGAUUUUCCGAUGCAGCAGUGCCUCGGGUCCUCGGGCUGCGUAUGCAUCCCAUUGCGGACAAUGGAGUACAGAAUGGCCCAUCUGGGACCUGGCACGCGUUUAUUUCACCACGCAUGACUCUCGCACUCUUUCCAACGAUGUAUACCCACCAUUCACUGAGAGAAGAGUCGAUAAAUGCUUACAAAUGCUGGCCGGAGUAAUUUAUACGCAAACACCGUCGGGGAUUAAAUGUGUCUUUCCAGGGCAUAAGGCAUCCAGCUCAUGGAUCUUGAAAUAUAGUUUAAAAGGAUUUGGUGGUGCGCAUAGCGGAAGACACUGUUACCAUAUGAUAGGUGGGGAUGUCAGCGACGUGGACCUUCUUCGAUCACUCAAUACUGCCUUGGACUGUCUCCCGUGGUCCUCCCUUUCUUGGUCAGUCCACCGAGGCCUUCGCGACAUACAUGUUGCGGUUGCAAAAGAUAGGAUGGAUAUCUAUUGGGGUGCACUGGCAGACGCUCUUGGGUGUGCGGUCCUAGAGUCAACUAAACUUCUUGAUGCCCGAUGGCGGAACCCUGGGUUUGUCCGAAACCAGAUGGCAGACAUGGCUGAAAGUGCAGUCUUGGCGGACAGAGGGAACUCAGGGGGCAUAGUUAGGAUGGUAACUGAUAUAGCCCUUACGCUAUGGGAUGGCACGGUAGCGGAGCUUGGUGAGACAAGUUUCUGGAGACUCCUCUCCCCAGCCAAGUGCUCCUCUCAUAAUGAUUUGGAUCACCGGAUGUACCAUGAUUUUCCGUUGGACAAGUACUUAGGAUGA